UCUCGAAACUUUUGCAACUCUAGGCACUAGGUCAUCUUCCUCCUAUAAUAAAAUCUUGAGCUUGGAUAGGAUGGUUUCAGCAAGUUACUUCAAUGGUAUCAACUGGAUAUUCUGAAGUUACCCUUUCCAGAUCAGGCCCCAGUCUGUCUAUACGUGCCAUACUCUUAUGCAUUAUCGAACCAAUCUUCUGUUUCUCAUAACAAAAGAAGAUUGCUAACGUCUCUCUCUCUCUCUCUCAAGAAACCUUGAACUCUUCUCCUGCUCUGUUUCACUGUUUCUUCCCAAAUCCCACAAAACCCAAUAAAUCUCUCAUGGCCUCGGCUUUCGUCUCUACCAGUUUUCCUAUUUACAGGGCUUCGUGUAUAAAUUUCGCAAUGUUCAGACUGCAAUUGCAGAGCAAUUUGAAACCGUUUCAGAAGAAAACUUGCAGUCAGGAAUGGCAUCAGCUUACUGUGAAGAGGAGGGAUAAGGCUGAGAGUAUUAACAUCCCCAAAGCUAUGAAGCCUUCAGGUAGCGAGGAUGAAGACGUACAGAAUCUAAUUGAAGACACAGAUGCCAUGUUUGAUGACCUGCUUGAGAAAUAUGGGAAGGUUGUUUAUAGAAGUAAGGAUAAAAAGUCCCCUAGUGCAGAGGCUGAUGACGAUGCUGAAAGCUUGUCAUUUGCUGUGGCUCUAGCAAAAGUUGCUAGUGAGGUGAAGGCUGCGGACAUCCGUGUACUCUUUGUGAAGCCUCUGGUAUAUUGGACUCGAUUUUUUAUUAUUGCCACAGCUUUUUCACGUCCUCAGAUUGAUGCCAUUGGGUCUAAAAUAAGAGAUCUAGCUGAGAAACAGUACAGAAAAGUUGCAUCUGGUGACACUAAACCCAAUUCAUGGACCUUGUUGGAUUUCGGUGAUGUUGUUGUCCACAUAUUUCUUCCUCAACAACGUGCUUUAUACAACUUGGAAGAAUUCUAUGGAAAUGCAACACUCAUCGAGCUGCCUUUUGAAAAUCAAUCCUCAAUUCGCAGUUGAAGGACUUCAAUUACUCCCCAAGACAUCUCAGUUCUGAUGGUUCAGACUAAUUGCUACCUCCUGCGCAUACAUUCUGCAUUGUGACAUGAUCAAAAUUCAAAGAUCAGCUGAGGGUCUUGACAAGGCUAGGGAAUCAUCUUUUUUUUUUUUUAAUGGUAGGCCCCAGAGAGAGUUCAACUCAUGACCUCUUAAUUGUGAGGUGUUGGUCCGUGCCAACUAAGCUACCCCUUCGGGGUUGUGAAUAUUCUGUUUAUGGUGAAGCUUGAGCCAGAAGUUCAAAUGUAACUUAUUUUGGUAUCACAAGGCUGCUCAGUUUAUCUAUCAUGUCAGUUGAAGAGCAUUUCCAAAUUGACAGAAUUUGUACUUUCAACUGCCAUCUGUAUCAAUACAGAAAGCCUGGAAAUUUAUGAAGCCAA